CAAACUCUGCGAUUUAAUCCUUUUUUUUUUAACAACUGUAGUCAGGAAAGACUUGUUCCUUCCUCGACACCAACAUUGUCCUUUACUAAUAAGAUUUCGAUUUUUGUCAAGGUGGUAACAUGCUUGAAGAAAUAUAUGCAUGCGAUGACCAUCGGGCCAUGCAUGCCGUUGAUGGACGUGGACAGGCACAGCGGAAGCGACACCUACGGCAUGAGCAUCUUGGAAGCCGAGAAGGAUACCUGCAUCAAGUGGCUCGAUGCGAAGCCACCUGGCUCCGUGGUCUACGUGUCCUUCGGCAGCUUCGCAUCACUAGGAGUCGAGGAGAUGGAGGAAUUGGCCUGUGGCCUCAAGGCGAGCGACAAGUACUUCCUGUGGGUGGUGAGGGCCCCCGAGAAGAAGACCCUCCCCCGCGACUUUAUCGAAGAGCCACCGGAGAAGGGACUGGUGGUGAAGUGGAGCCCGCAGCUGGUCGUCUUGGCCCAUGAGGCCGUUGGAUGCUUUGCGACGCACUGCGGCUGGAACUCGACAUUGGAAACGCUGAGCUUGGGGGUGCCUGUGGUUGCGAUGCCGCUUUGGACCGACCAGCCGACGAAUGCCAAGUAUGUGGAGGAUAUCUGGGGGGUUGGCAGGAGGGUGAGAGCAGGGAAGAAGCGGAUCUUUAUGAGGGAUGAGGUCGAGAUGUGCAUAAGGGAGGUGAUGGAUGGAGAAAAGAGUGAGGAGAUUAGAAAGAAUUCAAGGAGAUUGAGGGAUUUGGCCAAGAAAGCAUUGAGGGAGGGUGGGAGUUCCGAUCAGAACCUAAAUGAGCUUGUGGGGUAUCUGAAUGCCAAGGCUAAGGAACGCAGUUCCUUGCAGUUGAACUGAAUACAGGAGAAGGAUCUUACCAAAAUAAUAAUAAUAAUAAUAAAGGAGAAGGAUCUAGUUUGGAGCCAGAAGUAAUCCACCUUGGAAUAAGUGCUUAAUUUGUGUCUAGUUGGGUUUUGUUGCUGUAAGAACAGUGUUAUCGAAUGAUUUA